GUCGUAUACGCGACGAAAUCCGAGUUAUGAUACAAAUUUCACACCGCAGUGCGACAGAGGUGUUAGAACUACCAGUGCCAACCUGAGAUAUGUUGAACCCCGUUUUACCGUACCACUUGGCUGGUUUGGGCCUUCUCAGGCCUCUGUCUAUGGAAGGCCAAGGUCGUGUAAAUCAACUCGGCGGCGUCUUCAUCAACGGCCGUCCUCUUCCUAACCACAUCCGCCUAAAGAUCGUCGAGUUGGCGUCUCAAGGUGUACGUCCAUGCGUCAUAAGCCGUCAGCUUCGAGUCUCCCACGGGUGCGUCUCAAAAAUACUUCAACGUUAUCAAGAAACCGGAAGUAUACGUCCUGGCGUCAUCGGUGGAAGCAAGCCGCGGGUUGCCACACCGGAAGUGGAGAAACGGAUUGAGACGUACAAGAAAGACAACCCAGGUAUUUUCAGCUGGGAGAUACGAGAUAGGCUACUCAAGGAAGGAAUCUGUGACAGAAGCACUGUCCCGAGUGUUAGCUCAAUCAGUCGUGUUCUCCGGUCCAAAUUCUGCAAAGGUUCCGACGACGAGAGCAUAGAUGGAGAAGACGAGGAAGAAGAGGUUGCCAGGAGCAACGGAGAAAAACUGGUAGAUUCUGCAGGAGACGACACUGCAGAUACAAGUGAAGAUAAACUUGAGGAUGUUUCGGACUGUGAUUCUGAACCAGGACUGCAGUUGAAGAGAAAACAGAGGAGAAGCCGGACUACUUUCACGGCGGAGCAACUUGAAGAACUCGAGAGAGCGUUCGAAAGAACGCAUUAUCCUGAUAUUUAUACAAGGGAAGAAUUAGCACAGAGAACUAAGUUAACGGAAGCACGUGUUCAAGUUUGGUUUAGCAAUAGACGCGCAAGAUGGCGAAAACAAGUAGGAACCAAUCAGCUAUCAGCAAUCAAUACAUUCCUCCAGAUGCCUCAAGCAGUGCCGAGCUCCCAUGCGCCGUAUGGACUUCCUGAAUCAAGCUAUCACAUUCCUUCCGCUUCCGACACGUUUUGGCAUCGUCCACCACUGCCCGGCCCUCUUCAUCAAGCAUUUUCCCAUCCGCCAUCAUUCAAACCGGAAGUAUCAUAUGGAGGAUUGAUGGACUCGUAUCUGAGCCAUGCAGCUCAAGUCCCCUCAUACAACAGCCUGGCGUCAGGGACAACAUAUUCCACAGCAUGGUCAACGCCGACGGUGAAUUCAACUCUCGCAACACUAAGCUCAUACCAUCCUGGCGUCUCGACAUACCCGUAUGACGUCGCAAAGUCUAGUAUUACUCCCUCGACCUUCACGUCUCAAGGCGUGGACAAGUGCUCAACAGAUGAAACAUUAGCGGCAUUACGACUGAAAUCUCGUGAACAUUCCGCCAUGUUGGGGUUCGGUCUCGUCAAUACAGAUCUCGCGAGACCUACAAGUUCAUAUCAAACUGUGUAACGUGCAACCACAUGCGUCAUCCAUUUUGACAAACACAAACAUUCCUAUGCUCAAAAUGACAGCUGCAUCAACCGUGGUUGACAAUCUGGUUAUGUGACGAAAUAAGGAAGAAGAGACUACGCUUCAGUGAGAAGCACCCAAGAUCUCAGAUGUAACUGAGUCGAAAGGAUCAUUCCACAAUGCCAUUGUAUAUAGCUACCUAAGUAUAUACAAGAUAAUGUAUUCCAAGUGAACUGAUCGUACAUGCAUGACAAUGUCAUACUGAUAGACUCCUGAUAUGGCAUUGAUUUUAAACCGGUAUGUUUCAUGAGCAAAGUUAGCAAAUCAAUGGUGCUAUCUGUAUGGUUAUACAGUCUGUUUGUGAAUUUGCCCCAUAGAAAAACAUUUUACAUUAUAUUUAAGCAUUGAUGAAGUCUUUGACUUGUGGUUGGUGUUGUUUCAAGAAUGUCUUGGAAUGUACUUGUCAUGUAAAUAUAAAUGUUCCUGUAUUGUUUCUAUGUGUGGGACCUUCUGUAGUGUGCAUAAUGUGCAAUCCACAUUUAUAAACAACGCAGAUUAUUGUAUAUAUUGACAUACAUUUGCCAUACAUAAGUAUAGUGAUGUAAACAUACUACUGAUGCAAUAUUUACUUUUGAAACGAGAAUAAAUAUAUUUUCAAACUA